GAGGAAGCCUGUUUUAUCUUUUCGUUUUCUUUUUUUGUAUUUCUUUUGCUGCUUUUGAUUUAUACAAAUGAUUAAUAUGAGUUGGGGUCUCAAAGCGAUUGUCAAGUUGUUUUUUUCUUCAGAAGUGUCGUAACACAAAGAAUGCAACAGUCAUGGUCCUGAAUAUGUCAUGGUUAUCUCUUGAAGCUCUUACUCUAGUUGCAUUCCGCACCAGAGGAUUGUGCUCGCUCUUGUUGGCACUACACUUUUUCUUCCACUCAACUUUCCAUUAAUGUAUUUGAAAUAUACCUCUCUGUUUAAAUAUUUAUUAUUUAAUUUACCUUUUAUUUAUACUGGUUGUCCGAUUGCGGUUUUCGGCUUCAGUGACACCAAAACAACUCUUGUACCGUAAAACACCGUGUAUGGAUUAGACUUUAUUCUGUAGUUUAAACGCGUAUUUCCAUAUGUGUGCUAACUACACUUUCUCUCCCACUCAACUUUCCAUUAAUGUAUUUGGAUACAGCACAAUACGAAGAACCAGUGCGUGUGUGUGUGUGUUUGUGUGUGCGCGUGGGCGUGUAGGUAUGCGUGUGCGUGAAGAGGGUUUGCGCUUUUACGGUUGCGGUGCAUGGGUGAGCAUCGAGGGGCUGGGAUUCUGCAGCCUAAGCAUCGCGAUGCUGCGAGACGCUGUUAGGGGAGCACGCUAGUGAGAAGCAUACACACUGAGGAGCUGCUGACACCAUGGAUGGAUGCACUGUUUAAACGGCUGUUAGGCUCGUGAAAGGCGCAUCCAGACACCAUGGUUCUGACCGCGCUGACCCAGUUUAGCUUCAAGGUUCUGGAUGAUGUGAGCAUCAGUAACACCUUCACCCAUAAAUCCCUGUUCCCAGAGGACAUGGAUCCCCUGUCAGUCAGAGGGACCCUGAGCCCUGAAGGGACCCUGUGGGUGACCGUACGACGGACCACAGAGGCGAGUGGACCAGAGCCACUGGGAGGCCCUACCUACAGCAGCGAGGCUCACCUUUGACCUUUGUGUCCUCUCGAUGACAAACGUAGCUUUCAUUUAGAUGAGUACUGAUUCCAGUGAGUGGAGGUGAUUUUAGUAGCACUGGCCUUUUUGUUCAUUCUUGUCCUUAAACAUUAUUACAUACUUGAUGUUACUGUCCACAAUUGAUUCUUGGGUUUCUUUUCAAUUGAAAUAAAACCUGAAAACACACACUUUAUUAUAUUGUAAACUUGUAACAGCUUAGUUACAUAUCAAUUCCUCACAGCAGCAAGAACUUUUAUUUAACACUUACCUGAAGCAGACUUUGCCAGCAUGGACAGAUGGUGUUACGACUGCUUCAAACAUCCUAAAUCACAUAAAGUGUCAUUUACAGGAUUCCUUCCUCUAUGUCUUCAGAUCUCUCACUUUCAGCUCAGUUACACAGUGGUCAGACCUGCUAUAAACAUCCCAACACUCAGAGGGUUUUAGAUUAAAGGUACAACAGAGACUUUAAAAACUGUAAAAAAUAUUCUCCACACUCACAUCGAUGACAAACAGGCAGAACCUUGUACUUGAUUUUAACAGUUAACAGGAAUUUAGCUCAACAAAACCUUGUCUGUGGGAAGGAACCAUGGGAAACAAAUCAAUACAGCAAAACAAACAGAAUCUGAAUAUUCCUUUCAAACUAGCAGGUUUUCUUUUGUUCAUACCAGCUACUUACUGAUGUUAUCUGUGAUCUCUGCAGGUCAGUUAGACAGUCAUGAUUUUCAUAACAGAUUUUCAGGAGGAUUAUUGAAGUAUUCCUGUGGUGGAACUCCCAAACUUGGGCACCAUAGCGAAAAGAAAAGUUUAAUCCUUUCUAGGAUUAUUUGACAUCUUCAUACUCUGGGGUCUAGCAACACUAUUAUUUUAGUUCUGAUUUGUUCUUUUUGUAGACUUUUUUUCAUGGGCAAUGAUAUUUCUGAAUCCAUCUCUGCCUGACUUUCUAAAUAUACAGCCACACAGAUUUUUUCAAGAGGAGCAACAAGAGCAAAUGAGGCAGAUUAGCAGUGCUUACCAACAACUGAAGGUCUCACCAGGACUUGUUACUGUGAAACAUUGUUGCUACUGCCCUGAGAUGGAGCAUUUCAUGACAGUCAUAAACUUGUCUUACUGCAACAAUCUCCA